AAAAUUCUGUCCAACUGCUUCUUUGUCCUUGCUUCUCUCUCUACCAAAGUAUCUCUUGCAGGAGGUAUUACGAAUAAACGCGCCCAACACAGGUGACUUACAAUGGCGGACACUCCAACGACCCUCACGUCAUUUCCGUUCCUUCAGCUGCCGCCUGAAAUCCAACAUUAUAUCUGUUGCCAGCUAUGCAGUCACUGCCCAAAUGAAAACCUACCCUUAUUUUGCUGGAGAAUAGUUGAUGGCGGUGGAGGCCUAACAGCACUAAAAGAAUUAUGCCCUAUAUCCCAAGCCAUGAGAGAUCUUGCGCAGCCCAUCGUCUUUCAUGCCGCAUACACUCGCUCUCACCAGGAGCUCAUUAGUCCUUAAUCCAACGGCCCGAUUUAGCACAGUCUAUGAAGAUUGCGACAGACUACAAGAUGAUCUGGAUACAGGACGCCUUUGGGAACCUUGCAAUGGACAUUUUCAAGAAGUUCGACUUUUUCAGACAAGUCGCCAAUACAAUAGGACUCGUAGUUCCUAGGGACAACGAACGCUGCCGGUCGAUCUCCAGCACUGGCCCUUGGAGUGAAGAAGAUAAUUUGGCAUCUCGACAGGGUCAUAUGGUGGUGGAUAAUCUAUUGACUACACUAUAUUUUGCAUUGUUACCCAAUUUGGAAAUGGCUGCUAUCGAUCUCAAUGAUGGUAGUUGGUCGUGUCCCUGGAGGGAUCCUCAGUACACACCCGUACAUUCGCUCGACUACCACUACCUACCACAAUAUCUACAGCAGAAAAACUCUUGAAUCUUACGUCUAUUGUGUUUCGCCAUGCCCAACAAGCAACGUUGGACGACCUCGGGCUGCGCAGACUACACUUUAUCUUCAAAUACAUACCGAAUGUCUGGUGUGUGAUUUUUGACUGGGCUUGCUCAAUGCACCCUGGUAGCUUUGACGAUACUAUACCACAGCAUCCUGAGCUCGAAUGGGAAGCGCUACCGGAGCUGCGCGAACUCUACUUCUACCCAUGCCAUCAUUCCGGAGAGACGCUGCCACUCAUAGGAAUUGAAAAGGUGGUCAAGAAAUGUAGGAAGUUGAAGCGAUUUCACCUAUGCUUCUAUUCCAAUGACAGAUCCACUGAUGUGCCGUCAUUUUCCCCCACAACAAUUAUUGAGUGCUUGGCUACCGCCUUACAAACACUGACACAAUUUUCAUUGGCGUGCAGCUACCUCAUGAUUCAUAACCUGGUUCCAUCUACCUUGCUUGGAAGCAAUAUGAGCAUGUUUGCAAUGCUCACCAACUUGGAUGUCAAGGAGCAAGUGUUUUGCCACCAUUGGGUGGACACUAACAGGUCGACAACGUGCCUCACAGACAUGCUCCCAGUGACUGUGACUACACUGACCAUACGAAUACACGAUAAAUUUCGUGCAAUUGGUGACACAUGCCAUUUGGGGGCUGUGAUAAGCGACGGUGGCUUCCCUACACUGGCAUCUCUUGCUGUCAUUGUGCAAUAUACCAUAGGCAUGAAAAACCGCAUUAACGACCACGAACAUUAUUUCAUUGACACUGAGAUGACUGAAGACAUGAUCAUUCGACUCAAGAAUUUGUAUGCGCAAGCAAAGCGAGAUAUAACCGAGGCUUUUCACGGUGCCAAGAUGCGAGUGAGCGUCACGCUGGAGGAGAGGGACUUUGAGAAUGAACCAAUGUAUUAUACUGUUGGGAUAUAGUACAGUACCACGUCUUGGUUUCUUUAGAGGCAAUUCUAUCCUACCAACCUGGAAGUCUAACAGAAGCCCUCCGGGUGUUUCUGGCUCCGGCUAAUAUCCAUGACUCGAGAGCCGAUUCGACAAACCAUAACAAGCGGACUAAGGUUUUAGUGAAACAAGCCAACGGCAGCUGAACCACGCAAGGAACCCAAAAUCAAGGAAAUAAUCAAGGACAUAUGCAUUGUCACAAAUUUCAGCAAUAUGAUCCAAUAUACUUUUACAAUUUAUACUUUUUUUCCUGCGGGGCCUAGAUGUUGGCUCCUGUGGUCUGGACCUGAUCCUCCAGUUUCAGCCCAAGAGGCC